GGAGUUGAUUCCUCUAUCUUUCUUCUCAACAACAUCCAUUUCUAUCUCUAUCUCAAUCUCCAUCUCCCUUCUCCCUCUCCCUCUCCCUCUCCUUCUCCACUCCAAUCCAAUCCCAACUUUUUAUUAUUCUAAUUUAUUCCCUCAAUACCCUAAAACCUAUUAGGUUUUCCUUUGUUUUCUUUUUAACAAAAACCUUUUUGUUCAAAUUAAAAUCUCCUUCUUUGUUGAGUUUUUUUUUUUUUGUUUGUUUGGAUGAAGAACCAAAUAGAAACCCCUGUAUUUGGAUUUGCAUGUUCCUAGAAACAAUUCAAUUUCCUUUUCCCUCAAUUUCAGAACAGAACACAAGAACAAGAACAAGACAAACAAGAAGCAAAUUUUUAUAGAGAUUCCAAACAUGGCUGCAUCUUCUUCCUCAGUUCCACUUUUUGGAGUUCGAGAAGAAGGUCAGAUGAGAGGUCAGCAGCCACCGCAACCACAACCGCCGCCGCCGUCAGCUCCCUCUAAUUCAUCCACUGCUCUUCCAACUCCUCCUCCCCAGAAGAAAAAGAGAAACCAACCAGGAACUCCAAGCAAAUCCAGAUGCAGAAGUGAUAGCGUUAAGUCCAAAGACAUUAAUGGCAACAAACAGAUUCAUAUGUGAAGUAUGCAACAAAGGGUUUCAAAGAGAGCAAAAUCUACAACUACAUAGAAGAGGACAUAAUUUACCAUGGAAAUUAAAGCAGAAAAGCACAAAAGAACCAAAAAGAAAAGUGUAUUUAUGCCCAGAACCAACAUGCGUUCACCAUGACCCGUCAAGAGCACUUGGGGAUUUAACAGGUAUCAAGAAACACUAUUCACGAAAGCACGGAGAAAAGAAGUGGAAGUGCGAUAAAUGCUCUAAACGCUACGCCGUUCAAUCCGACUGGAAAGCUCAUUCCAAAACCUGUGGCACUAGAGAAUAUCGUUGCGAUUGUGGCACUCUCUUCUCCAGACGGGACAGUUUCAUUACACAUAGAGCGUUUUGUGAUGCAUUGGCACAAGAGAGUGCAAGACACCCUCCAAAUUUAGGGACAGCCAUUGGAAGCCAUUUAUAUGGAGGUAAUAGCAAUGUGGGUUUGACAUUAUCACAAGUCCCUCAAAUGUCUUCUCUUCAAGACCAUUCCAACAUCACCCAAUCACCCCACGACGUCCUUCGUCUUGGCGGUGGUCGAACCGGGCAGUUCACUCAUCUCCUCCCUCCUUCUAUUGGCUCUUCCUUCCGACCCCCACCACAACAAGCAAUGCCGUCGUCGAAUGCAGCAUUUUUCGGCCUAUCGGACCAAACUAACCAAAAUAGCUUCCAUGAAGAUCAUCAUCAAAGCCAAUCCCAGCAAGGGUUAUUUGGAAACAAGCCCUUUCAUGGGCUAAUGCAAUUCCCUUCUGAUAUCCAAACCCAUGCAAAUAACAACAACAAUUCUGCUUCAAAUCUCUUCAAUUUGAGCUUCAUUUCAAAUCCCACUGGUGAUAAUACUUCCAAUAUGAACAAUAACAAUGACACCAACACUAACAAUAGCAACAGCAGUAGCAACAACAACAACAAUCUUCCAUCCUCUUUGUUAAACCAAUUCAACGGAACGAACAAUGGCAACAACGACGGUCCUGCGUCUAACAUUUUCGCUGUUAACAUAAUGGGAGAUCAAAUCAAUUCAGCUGCAGUCCCCUCGCUAUACAGCAACACCGCCCCGGGAGGAUGUAGUAGCGGUACUAGCGGAGGAGGAGCAAUCCCGCAUAUGUCCGCAACAGCACUGCUCCAAAAAGCAGCACAACUAGGCUCAACAACGUCAAGUAGCAAUACUACAGCGACAUUGCUACGCACAUUUGGAAGCUCCUCGACCUCAAGCGGUAAGGCAUCAGAUAGAACGCUGUUCCCACCGAGUUAUGGCGGAGUAGUAUUCGGUGAAAAUGAGAGUAAUCUCCAAGACCUGAUGAACUCAUUUGCAAACGCAAGCUCAGGGAGUGGGAUGUUCGGGUCGUUUGGGGUGGAAAGUUUAGAGGAUCCAACGAAGUUACAACAGAAUUUAAGCACAGUGAGUAUGGGAGGUGGGACAGAUAGGUUAACAAGAGACUUCUUAGGGGUGGGACAAAUCGUAAGAAGUAUGAGCGGAGGUGGUGGCGGUGGCGGUUAUACACAGAGAGAACAUAAACAAGGAGGGCAAGGGAUAGUUAUGGAGGGUAAUGAGAGCAAUACGGCGCCGUCAAGCAAUGCAUUUGGUGGUGGAAAUGGAAACUACCAGUGAAGAAAAGAGAAGAAGGAAGAGAAGAAAAAAAAGUACAGACAGAAACAGAUUUUUCAAAUGCAACAAAUAUGAAUGCCUGCCAACUUCAAUCAGUGAUAUAAAAACAAUAUCAGGUAGGUUUUUUUUUUUUCUUUUUCCUUGUAAUUUUACCAUGAGAGGAAGGACAACCAGAUAGAGAUAGUGUUUUUCUUUUUUUUGUUUUUCUUUUUCAACUAAGAUGUAUUAAUUCCAUAUCUUUUCUUGGCGACCAAUGAGCUUUUUUCUCUUUUUUUUUUCAUAAUUAAUUUUUAGUCUAUCUAGCUAGACUAGGCUAAAAUAUCCUCUUAUUAUAGUUCCAUAGACAUUUGCAAAGUCAAUGAUCCAUUUCUUAAUUACUCUUAUUUUAUCUC